UUGAGUUAGGUUAGUAGUUGGUAGCGCGUCUUCAAACUAGUGGAAGAACAAGUUUUGGCGCCAAAAAUGCCCACCACCCUCGUAGACUUGUUGGUAUAUAAAAAGCGAAAGUGUUAUCUCAUCGUCACUUGAGUUCGUUUCUUCGAUCUAGGAGCAGCAACAUCUACAAUGCGUGCCUUCGUGCUAUUCUCUGCCUGUUUGGCGAUCGUGUCUGCCGACAUCGGGCUGAAGCUGCGGAAGGCUGCCGCGGCCAAUGCUGCCGGAGUGACCAGCUACGAUCAGCAGGAUGGCAGUACCAACUUCCAAUCGCUGAGCGCUGAAGGAUUCAGUGGAGCCGUUUCAACGGGAGCUGCCGCAGCCGGAGAUUCGCAGUACGACUUUGGAUAUCAGGCUGGUCUGGCCGCUGCUUCCGCUAGCUCUGGAGCUGCAACCCGUUUCGGAGGAGCCAGCGCCACGGCGUCUGCCGAUGUCAAGUACUUCGUCAAGCCGGAAAUUGUGAAGAAGCACUUCUACUACCACGUCGCUCCGGAAGCGGAAGCUGGCGCUGAGCCAGAGGCUCGCGUUGAGAUCCAGCCGCAGACCCACUACAAGGUGCUGUUCAUCAAGACCCCGUCCGCUGCGGCCGCAGCCGCUGCCCGUGCCGCCGCUCGUACCCGUACCCAGGAGAAGACCAUCGUGUACGUGCUCGUGAAGAACUCCGAGGCGGAGGGCAAGGCCGCUGCCGAUGCCACUGUCGACACCUACGCCAGUGCCAAGCCCGAGGUCUACUUCAUCAAGUACAACGGAGCCAGUGCCGCCGCCCAGGCCGGAGCCUCUGCUGCUGCUGGAGCUAGUUCUGGAGCCUUCGGAGGUGCUGGCGCAGGUUCCUUGUCGGCUGAUUUUGCAGGAGCUUCUGCCGCAUCGGUUGGCGAUGCUGGGCACAAUGCUGGAGCUGCCGCUGCUGCAGCCGUUUCCGCCGUUGCCGCAGCUGCUACUGCUUCCGGUUUGGGUGCGUUUGAUGGAUUCGAAACGGAGGAUUCCUUCGGGAGCACCCCGUCCGGGUUCGGAAGCACCACCGUGAAUUCGUUGGACUUUUAGACAAAGCGACAAG